CUAAGUUCGCAUAUUAUAAAAGUGUUUAAUUUCAUAAUUUUCAAAAUGCUCUGGACAUUUUAUUCAAGAGUGAGUGUAUGGAAAUGGUUUGUGGUAUUGCUUUUGUAUAGCGUGCAGGCUAACGAUGCUCAGCUAUGCUCCGAGCAGGAAUCAGUCGAUAUAACCAACGGUACAAUGGAUGGUGAUGAAAGCGUUUUAUAUCGUGGAGUGCAGUACAGUGCUUUUCAGUAUUUUCAAGACGGAACCGUACGAAGAGGAUGCAUUUGUCUUGUACGUCAAUGCAUAUACGUAUGCGACGCUGAAGAAUGGGCAAGCGGUGGACUAACGGAGCUGUAUGCCAAUGUUUCCGGUGAUUCUGGUGAAAAACACGUUCUAGUGAACCUGGCGACAGAUGCCAAUUAUCAUUUGAUUUUGAAAGAACCUCACUGUGCGGGACAUUGGUAUGCUCCGGAACAGCAUCAAAUGAUAAUAACUUCGGAAGGAGAACUCAACUUGAAUGAUAAUAUUUUAGAUUAUUCAGAAUUCUGUAUGCUACCCAAGAACGAGAUGGGCGAAUUCAAUGCUUUCUACUGUGAGCUUUCUAUUGCUAGUGACUGGUCACACCAAAUAUAUGCUUGGGGUAUUCUGAUGUCUUUCUUCUUUCUUGUGGCCACCUUUGUGGUUUACGCUAUUCUACCGGAGCUACGGAACCUGCCAGGCAUGUUACUGAUGUGUUACGUGGCAGCACUCGGCGUAUCCUAUUUAUUGCUGGGCUUGGUGCGAAUGAAUAUCUAUGGUUAUCAGUCGUUUGUGUGUAAAGGCACUGCAUACACACUCUACUUUACGUUAAUGGCCAGCUUCUUUUGGCUCAAUGUCAUGUCCUUCGACAUUUACUGGACAUUUGGUGGAAGUCAUGGACGGACGACUGAGCGGACGAAGUUCCUGUAUUACUCUCUGUAUGCUUGGGGUGUACCUCUGCUAUUCCUAUCAUUGAUUCUUCUCUUCGAUCACACGGAUCUCAUAAGCUACAAUCACCGGCCGAAUGUUGGCGAGGAAGUAUGUUUUCUUAAGCCGCAAAAGAAGAUUGAAUUCCUAUAUUUCUACUUACCGUUACUGCUGAUUAUCAGUACGAACAUAUGUUUCUUCGCUAUCACCGCCAAUCGCAUUCACCAAAGCAAUCCGACCGAUGCCAGUACGAUGAACGAUAAUACGGGACGCCAAUCAAAGCGUGACAAUGAUCGUAACAGAUUCGGCCUGUAUUUGCGUUUGUUCUUCAUCAUGGGAUUAACCUGGUCGCUAGAAAUAGUAAGCUGGCUGUUGGUUGAUCCAGAAGCAGCCUCUUGGUUAUGGUUAGUGUACCUUCUGGACAUUUGCAACUGCCUUGCUGGCAUAAUCAUAUUUUUCCUGUUCGUCUGGAAGCAAAGAGUAAAAAAUUUGUUGCUUCAGCGAUUUGGCAGAAAGGCAAAAACCUCUAGAGACUCGUACACCGUACACACCACUGCGCAGAUGUAGACAACCUCAAAAACGCGAGUUUAAGAUGCCUUAAUCUCAGUGAUACAUGUAAAAUUUGGCUUUAAACAGCGGGCGCAGGCUUUAACGAAAUCACAGAAUCGAUUUGUAUGAUAAUUUUCAAAUAGAAAAAAAAAACUUCUUUAUAAAAGUUUUUGCUUUCAAAAUUGUUAUUCCAAUUCUCUUCAUAUACC